AUGACAAAAAGAUUAACAUUGGUGGAACAAAAAAAAAUUCAAUGGGCCAAAGAAAAAGAGGAAAUGGCACGACUUAAUAACCAUUGGGAUUUAAUAAAACAUCAUAAUCCAGUACGCACAACAAUCAGAACAAGAUUAUCGUCAAGGGAACAAUCUUCUUCUUGUAAUCAAAAAAUAGUUCGUGCCAGUGGACAGUAUGGUAGCACAACGAGUCUCCAGAGUCUUGAAUUUUCAGCUGGUGGUAGUAUGAUCAAUAUUCUUGAUCGUAAUGAAUUUACAGGAACAAUGAGAACAAGAAGUCCCAGUUUACCUCCAAUUUAUACCAAAGAAAAUCAUCAUCAUCAUCAUCAACAACAACAACAACAACAACAUGCCAACAAUAGUCAGAAAAUAUUACAAUUAAAAGGAGAUAAGACUACUCGAGAUGCCAAAUAUAAAAAUGGCUCAUCAAAAAAUAUGCCAUAUGAAUUAGAAAGAGAAGAUGAGACUUCUGGUUAUGCAAGUGAUUCUGUUGAAGCACCAGUAAACAGUCAUAAUAUCAGUCAUCAACAUCAUCAAGUUUAUCCGGCAAUGAUUAAUAAUGAUAAUGUCAUGUCAUCAGAAAAAACUUGGAAAAAUCCAUAUUGUGAAAUGCCAAAUACUACAACAACUACAACUGCUGGUUCAGUGUCUGAAACAUCAAGAGGAUGUUCAAUAACACGAUUAGGUGAUAUCAAUAGACAAAGAUGGGGAAGUGUUUGGCAAGGUGAAUCAUCAAAAGAUCCACCACAGCAUUCUUGGCUCGAAAGAGGAUUAUCAAGACUUGAUAAUUCUAGUCAGAUAUUGGUAAUUAAUCAUGAAAAUACAAGUAGUCCAGACAGUUCAACAACUGGCUCAUCAAAUUGUGAUUCAAAAACUUAUUUACGUGGUCAUAAUAUACCAGUUGAUAUACACAUACUUGAAGAACGUGAAUUGCGUCGACAAAAAGCAUUACAACUACAAAAUGCAAUAAAACAACAACUUGAAGAAAAUGAUAAAAAACGUAAAGAAGAAAAAAUUAAAAAACAACAAGAAGAAUAUGAGGAAGAAGAAAGAAUUAAAAAAGAAAGAUGUUUAGAAAGGGAAAGACUAGAGCAAGAAGAAAAAAAAAUGAAAGAAAAAGAAGAGGCAAAAAUUAAAAAAGAAGAAGCAAUGAGAAAAAUUAUUGAGAAUGCUGAAAAACUUGCAAAAGAAGAAAAACGACAUCGUCGUCAAGUUAAUGAUUCAACUGAGCAUAUCAAAGAGGUCAACGACCAUUUACCAUCAAAAGUCACCACUACUAUUGAUGUUCACAAAGUUCAAGAAAAUCAAUCCACCACUAUUGACUAUACACCAAACAAUAAUAACAACAACAAUAAUAGUCAAGAAAAAAAUGAUGAAAAAAUCAAGGAAAAUAUUAAUAUCAAUAUUAAUAAUGAAGAAAAAAAUAUAAAUAAUAAUAAAGAUUUAAAUUUUGAAAUAUUAGAUAAUUUAAAAAUGAAAAAUUUAUUACGACUUCCUGUUAAUAAUGAAGUUGCAAUUGUUUUGACUGGUCGACUUGAUGACUCGGAUCUAUUGAAUCUCGUUGUUAAUACAAAAUCUGAUUUAUCAAAAAAUAAUUAUUACUCAAACUCAAUAAUUAAUGAAUUUAUUAAAAAUCCAUUGACGGAUUCAUCAUGUUCACCAAAAGAUAAAACAAUUGAAUAUAGAUUAUUAACACCAAGCAAAUACAGAUCAUUGAUGACCGCAAGAGAAUGUGCAACUCAAACUGACGGAGAAAAUGAGACAUUUAAUCAACAAAAAAAUAAUAACAAUAGAAAAAAUAAUGAAAAAUCAACAAGUACAAAUGAGGAAAAAUGUGCAAGAUCAAAAUCACAACCACGAGCAAGUAUUGAUUCUCGUCCCAGGUGGAAUGCCAAUAGGCCUGGUACGAGAUACAGAACACAGAGUGAAAAAGAUCCACAUUAUCAAAGACGUUUACGAAUGCGAAGACGACGUAUUGAAUCAAGUGAUGAUAGAUCAAGAUCACCAUCAUCAGAACGAAGAAAAAUAAAUAAUAUUAAAUUAAAAAUAAGAAAUUUAACACGUCGUAAUAUUAAAAAUAAUCAUUCAGAUGCUGAUUUAUCAAUGGACAGUUUAAAUUCAAUUGUUCCAUUGAGAAUUGAUGAAAAUGGAAGAAUUAAUGUUCAUAAUAAUGAAUUAAUUAUUGAAAAAAAUAAAAUAAAUGACAAAGUUGAUUCGUGGCACGAACAUGAUAUUAUUUCUCAAUUGGUAACAUUAAAAAAUGGUCUACUGGCAAAACAACAAGAGUGGGAUUCAGAAAGAUGUCUAAUUUCUCCAAGUGCUGAUAUUUAUUAAAAACCCAAUAAAUAAAUAAAUAAAAAAUUAAUCUUUUUAU